AAAUAUAAAUAGUGAAGUACAGAUACCUCCAAAAACUACUUAAGUUGUACUUUUAAGUAUUUUUACUGAUGUACUUUACACCCCUGGUAACCCAGAACUGGAAAUCUCUAUGUUACGUAGUCUGCCCUCGAGAUGAAAUGUAGGUGAACUUUACACCAAAACUCUAGAAACAAAUUCCACAUUCACCACAAAGAAUUUUAGGAGCAUAUGGGGUACUAUUUUUAAUGAGAGCACGUUCACUAGAUCUUAAACUACCUCUAGAUACCCUUUACAUUCAUGAUUUGAACUUGCACUGUAACAUUACUAAAUACGUAUAACCACUAUAGUGUUUGACCGUUUUCACCGGCAUCCAUUUCUAGUUCACUAAUGUCUGUCAUCAACAUGUAUCAAGCAUAUCAACCUGCAGGCUGAUGCCAAAUGCAAGACAUGUGACAUCAUAGUACAGUACAGUAACACUAAGCCACUAAACCACUAGCACUGAGGGGGAAUAACGCCACUUAAUGUACUCCAUGUUAUUCCUCCCUUUAUAUAACUGCUGCACAGGAAUGUUGUACUCUACCCAUAGUGAAGAGGAAGUAUUACUGUACUUCCCGUAUAUGUUCCCGUACAUGCUUGUUUUUUCCCGUAGUGGGGGCCAGACAGUGCUGUAGGAGGUUAAUGUAGCUGAAAGGAGGGACCAGAGGUGGUUGAUGUAUAAGAGAGAGGAGGAGGAAAGUCUCAGAGAGGAUACCGAUGACUGAGGGAUCAGCACUGUCUGACUGACUAACUGUUCCUCUUCUAGGCCGAUAACAACACUCACAGCACGGUCAUGUCUAGCGCCAUCUACGGCGGGAACAAAUCCGACCAUAAUUGCACCAACGUGGACAAACUGAUGAAACUCUACUACCUGCCUGUCAUGUACAGUGUAAUUUUCACUGUGGGGCUGCUGGGUAACGUCACCUCCAUCGCCAUCUACCUGGCCAAGCUACGACCCUGGAAGUCCAGCAGUAUCAUCAUGGUCAACCUGGCAUUGACGGAUCUUCUGUAUGUUCUGAGUCUGCCUUUCCUGGUCUACUACUACACCCACGGUGAAUCCUGGGUUCUGGGCGAAUUCAUGUGUCGCUUUGUGCGUUUCGGGUUUCACUUUAACCUAUAUGGUAGUAUACUGUUUCUCACCUGUUUGGCUGUGUUUCGAUAUGUAGUCUUGGCGCAUCCCCUGAGGACGGCGCAGGUGCAGCAGAAGAGGUGGGGUAUCUUGGCGUGCGCCGCAGUCUGGGCUAUAGCCGGGGCGGAGAUUGUGCCCAUGCUCACCAUGAUCACCAUGGAGAAUAACAACAACAAGACCACCUGUUGGGACUUUGCUAGCAACGACCUGGUUGUAGUGUGGUGGUACGGCUGGCUGCUGACCGUGCUGGGCUACCUGCUGCCCCUGGUGGUGGUUGUGGUGUGUUACGCCGGUAUCGCCCGGGAACUAGCCAAGGGGCCCCACACCCACAGCCCUUGCCGGGUACGGGCACGCCGCCUCACCGUACUGAUCCUGGUGGUGUUCGUGGUAUGCUUCCUGCCGUACCACGUCCUGAGGAUCCUAAGAAUAGACACCAGGAGGAAGCCUGAGUCAUCAUGUAUGCUGGAGAACUGGGUCCACGCCGCUUAUAUCAUAUCCAGGCCCAUAGCGGGGCUCAACACCUUCUUUAACCUGGGUCUGUACACGCUGGCCGGGGACAAGUUCCAGCAGGCCUUCCUCAGUGUGUUCCCCUGGGGCCCCUGGUGGACCAAGUUCAGGACUCACCUCAAACUCAGCCUAGCUGUCGUCAGUAAGCCCAGUAACACAGCUUCAGCCGAAAGGACAGUAGCCACGGAUAUGGACAUCCAUAGACAUCCAUAAAUAUAAUACAGUGUUCUACUUCAUUCUGUGUGGACAUUACUACCAUGGCAAUAUAUUGUCCUACAAUACUGUGUAUACUGUACUGUGAUCCUGUAAAUAGAAAACCUUUUAUCAGAUUUUAUUAUAUGCCAGUAUGAGGUUUACAACAUUUAUGUGGUUUCUAUAAAAAUAUUAGAUACCUAUAAAGAGUGACUUUAUAUCUACUGUUUACUCUAAUUGGUAUUGCCAUAUCGCUUCAUUAUAAAUAAACGUUUAACAAUCAACAUUAAACCAUCCAAUAUCCGUC